UUUCGUUUGUUUUGACAUUUUAGAUUGAGAAACACAUGUGUGUGAAUCAAUAAUAAAGUCAUCAUUUGUUGCUGUGAGCCAGCCGGCUGAAUUUGUAGUUUAUACAAAAUGUUUUCGCUUAGUUUUAGUUCAAAAGUGUGCAUUAACUUAGGCAAAUGGUCAUCUAUAAGACAAUACACAGUAAAUAAAUUGUCAAAACCACAAAAGAAACAAUCAACCGUUGGUAACAACAUUCCAACCAAUUUGGAAUGGCUAUCAAAAUGUAAAGAUUGGCGAAAAGUUGUGAAUAUAAUUAACGACAAUCGAAUACCAUGUACAAAAUCUUCAAUAAAUAUAUUCAACAAUAUUGCGGUGAAUGCAUUUUUGGAAUCUGAUCAUGCAUUGGGCUGGGAACUAUUGCACAAAAUGAGCCAAAAAAACUUUCAACCAAAUUGUGAAUCAUUUUCAGCCUAUUGGCAUUAUUGUGCAUUACAUCAAGAAACGUUUGCGGCAAAUGUCGAACAAAUGUUUGAAUUCAUCAAUAAAAAUAAUGUAAUCGUAUCGAAAAAUGUGAUUGAAGAUUUAAGCAAUAAAAUUCAACAUUUCGGCGGUAUAUGUAGUCCAUCAAAAAUGGAUAAAAUAGGCCAGUGUUCUAGUUGUAACUAUCAAAUGCCACCAUUGCAACAAUCACAACUUGAGUUCAACACAUUGAAGCGGGAAUUCGAAAAAGUUCUCAAACCGAAGAUUCCAUCCAUUGAAUUGGCAUUUUUCCGGCAAAUUGUUAACAAGAAAAAAAUCUUUGAUUAUGCCAUUGAUUCACUGAACGUCACGAGAAUAUUUCCAGAUUUCAAAGGAAACUUAGUUAAACAAGGUGAAAUACUAGCCAAAAUCGUUAAACAAUUAAGAUCGAACAAUAAACGUGUGAUUGUUAUUGGGAAAAAACAUGUGGAAAAGAUUCCAGAAUCAUCAAUCAAUUUAAUUCGAAGAAAUGCCACCGUUUAUCUAACAAAACACAAUGAAGCCAUCGAUGAUUUAUUUAUGAUGUAUGCAAUAUUCGUAUCCGGAUCAAAAGCACAUUUCGUUACAAACGAUUUUCUUGAUGAAUAUUGGAUGGAAUUUAGUGAGAAUGGCAAAAUACUAUUUAGAAAUUGGCAAAUACAACAUCAACAUUUUGUCACAUAUGAUCCCAAGACAGAUUUGGUUCACAUAAAUGCGCCGAAGAAAUUCAUUUGCAACGCCAAUAAAUCAACGGAAACCGGACAAUGGCACAUACCAUUCACACAGCGACCUUUACUUCAUUCGCUAAGAGGAUUUAUUCCAAUACCAAUUGAAUGGGCCUGCAUUAAUUUUAAGUCGUAGUCAAGAAUUUGGAAUAGACCAUGUCCAUAUUAAUGCGUUUUUUAUUUGGAAUUUUAAAGAAAAUUUGAAUAAAAUUUCUUAUUUGUGGAAUAGACACUUUUUCGCUCUUAAAA